GUUGGUUUGUGCGGACUGGAGCAGUGAGCGGGUCCUGGAUGCGGCGCAGGCAGACACCGCGCCGCCCGCCAUCUUUGUGGUUCCUCCUGAAGCCCAUCCCCCUGGUUCAUCUUCACCGGGAAAUAAAGUCCCGCUGCCAUUCGGCUCGGUGAGGAGGCGCCAGGCUGGCUUCACGCUCAAACAUGGCCUCACCAAGGACGAUAACCAUCGUGGCUCUGUCUUUCGCCCUGGGUCUCUUCUUCGUCUUCAUGGGGACCAUCAAGCUGACGCCGCGGCUGAGCAAAGACGCCUACAGUGAAAUGAAAAGAGCCUAUAAGAGCUAUGCCAAGGCACUGCCAGGCCUGAAAAAGAUCGGGAUCAGCUCCGUCCUGCUACGCAAGAUCAUCGGCUCUCUGGAGGUCGGCUGCGGCGUGGUGCUCACCCUCGUGCCGGGCAGGCCAAAGGACGUGGCCAACUUUUUGCUCUUGCUAGUCAUGCUGGCUGUGCUGUUUUUCCACCAGCUAGUAGGAGACCCCCUGAAACGUUACGCCCACGCUCUAGUCUUUGGCAUUCUGCUCACCUGCCGACUACUCAUCGCCCGCCAGAGCGAUGACCGGCCGGAGAGAGAGGACAGCAGAGAGGAGCAGCACAUCAACGAUCAGGAAAAGAACAAGGUCAAACAGUCCUAAAGAUCUUCCUCUUUGGAUGAAGCCACAGCAAAAGAAAGCCAGGUGCGCCUCAAUGGAUUGUUGUAAUUCAUAUCUUGAAGAAAACAGUCACUCCCAGUAAUAAAAGCCCUCACACUCAUCCUCUGUACCAUCCAGCUGGCUGACUGAUUACUCUGACCUACUCUUCUGAAAUCUUACUGUGAAAUAGAGAACUCCUGACCUGUACAUCCUCUGCAUAACCACGGACUGGAAACGGACGAGAUCAGCUCAUCGUCACACUAGUUGAUCUAGUUUUCCUAUUUAUUCCUGUCUUACACUGUGUUAAAUGUUUGUGUUUGAGAAAUGUGAAUUUCUCUUAUGUUGGAAGUUGAUUGAGAAUGCUGUUGUUGUUUUUUUUUGAACAAGAAGAAUCUUUGAUGCUUGUUUUUUUUAUUUUUGAUUUUUUUACUGUAGGUAGGAGAAAACUGAAAAUCAUUUUAAAGCAUGUUAAAAUUCAUCAGGAAAAUCCAACUGAAACCAAAAUAAGCACUACUGAGUGGAUGUGAAUAAGUCCUUCAUCAACCUCUAUUGCAGACCCUUGACUUAUUUUGGUGCAGCGUUACUAGAAGGCUAUUUUAAAAGAGAAACCUGUCUAAAUUCUCCUUCCAUCCUUUCCCCCCAGUAGAUUUUUGCAGAAGUACGCAUGACAUCCUUUCUCCAAUCCUUUUUUCCCCAAAGUAAAACCAGAUGAAUAUUGUCUUCCCCUUUUCAGUUGUCACAGUAGAGCUACUUAGGUGAAAAGGACGACGUUUGACUCAGGUGUCUGCUGCCAGCUCGUACAGCGACACAUUCAAAGCGGUUCAGUAUUUUUGCCUGUCAAACUGAGAAAUUUUACAAUUUGUAAUUCACAAGUUAGGUUUUAAAUUUCCACUUGUGGGUUUGGUUUUAAUUUGUCUUUAUAAAAAUGAUUAAAAAAAGCAUUCCUAUUGCAGUUUUGAAUGCUGUCAAUUUUGCGAUUCACAAUAUUUCUGUAAAUGAUAUACUUCAAUAAAGAAUUGGAGGUGAGACUGA